GAGGCUUGACAGCCCUGCUGCCGAAGAAAGGAGGGGCGGGUGGGCUUGCGGUGAGGGACCCUCGGGCUAAAAAUAGUCGGAUGCCCUUGUGCGGGAUGAGAAGGCAAAGCAAGCGGUGCCACAGACCUGGGCUUUGUGCUCUCUCGGCUGUUUCCUGCCUGGCAGCAUCAGGACCUUAGGCUCUCCUUGGGAAAGCAGGCGGCGGCCAGCUGUAGCCCUGCCUCCUUGGGAAGAAAGAUGAGGGACCAGGAUGAGUGAGACCCGGGAUCGUGCCAAGGAGGUUCCCAAGAGGAGUGGCAGGGUCUGGACCAUCCCUGGCCAAAGGAUCCGGUGGGAAGCAGAGGGAGAUCCCGCUCUCCGAAGGAUCCCAGGGCUGCCCGGUGCCCCGUAAGGUGCCCAACCUCCUUGGAAGGAAAGAAGGAAGGAAAGAGCCGGACCCGGUGGGAGUGGCACCGGCAUUGUUGCCUCGGGCUGAGCCGCCUGGCACUCCAGCGACACCUGGGAGGCUGGCGAGUGUGUGCCGCUUGCUUGGCUGCUUUCUCCUCGCCUUGGCUUGUGAAAUGCUUUUUUGGCUGAAAGAAGAAGAGAUGUCGCAUCAAGAGCUCAGCCAGCGCCUGGCGACGGUCAUCACGCAUGUGGAUGAAAUCAUGCAACAGGAGAUCAGGCCCCUUGUUGCUGUGGAUAUUAUAGAACAGCUCCACCGACAAUUUGCAAUCUUGUCAGGAGGAAGAGGGACAGAUGGGGCGCCGAUCAUCACCUUCCCAGAGUAUCCAGGCUUCAGUGAGAUCCCAGAUGAAGAUUUUUUGAACGUUGUGACUUAUUUAACUAGCAUUCCCAGUCUGGAGGCUGCCAGCAUCGGAUUCAUCAUCAUCAUAGACAGGCGGAGGGACAAAUGGAGCGCGGUAAAGGCGUCCCUCACUCGAAUAGCAGGAGCCUUUCCAGGGAACCUGCAGCUGGUCUUCGUCCUGCGGCCGUCCCGUUUCAUCCAAAGGGCGAUCGCUGACAUCGGCAUCAAACUCUAUCGCGAUGACUUUAAAAUGAAGGUACCGAUCAUCAUGUUAAAUUCGGUUUCUGAUUUACAUGGAUACAUUGACAAAAGCCAGCUUACCCGGGAGUUAGGUGGAACCUUAGAAUAUGGACACAGUCAGUGGAUACACCAUCGAACGGCCAUUGAGAAUUUUGCCAUGACAGUAAAAACCACAGCACAGAUGUUGCAGACCUUUGGGACAAAUUUGGCAGAGACAGAACUUCCCAAUGAUGUGCCAUGCACUGAAGAAUUGCUGUCGUCACACACUGAACAGCACAACAAGUUGAAGGAUGAGCUGAAACUGGCUGUGAAGCAGGGGGCCACACUAUUGACUUGUAUCAGAGAGCCUGUCACACGAAGUGCCACCAGCAAACUUAGUCCAGAUGAAUUAGAAAAUGUGGCAACUGUAGAAAGGUUGCUAGCUCAGUUGGAUGAAACAGAGAGAGCCUUUGAUCAGUUUUGGACCAAGCACCAUCUAAAAUUAGAACAGUGUUUGCAGCUUCGACACUUCGAGCAGGAUUUCAGAGAGGUCAAACUAGUUCUGGACAACCUGAUGGAAGCACAGGCUGGUUUCACGGAUAUUGGAGACAGUGUUUCCCGUGUGGAGCACCUUCUGAAGGAGGGAAAGCAGAUAGAAGAAAGAGGACAGGAACCUUUGGAAAAAGCCCAGUCGUUAGCUCUUCAAGGAGACCAACUGAUCCAAAACAACCAUUAUGCAAUUGACUCCAUUAGACCAAAGUGUGUUGAACUCAGGCGUAUCUGUGAUGACUUUGCCAACGAGACAAAGAAAAAAUAUGAUAUUUUAGGAAAAUCUCUAGAAUUGCACAAACAAAUAGAUAAGGCAAGCCAGUGGUGUGAAGCUGGAAUCUACCUCUUAGCUUCCCAAGCUGUGGACAAGUGCCAGACACAAGAGGGAGCUGAAACUGCACUUUGUGACAUAGAGAAAUUCCUGGGAACAGCCAAGGAGCACCAGCUAUUGAAUGGCAAGGAGUUCUGCAAUCAGUUUGAUAUGAUUCUCACCCCAGAGAUUAAGAGCAAUGCCCAAAGAGUCCUACAGAAACUAGAAGAUGUACAAGAAAUGUUUGACAAGAGGCAAGUGAGUCUGAAGAAGCUGGCAGCAAAGCCGACUCGGCCAGUGCAACCCGUGGCCCCACAUCCAGAGUCAUCACCAAAGCGAGCAUCACCUAAAAGCAUCCGGCCUACCAGCACCUUAGCUACCCAUAGGAGAUCACUAGAAAUUUCUAGUCCUCCAAAAUCUGUUUCUGAUGCAGAUUUGUCGAAAAAGAAAAGUGUAAAGAAGACUAAAGGUGGAAUUAAGAUUGAAGUCAUGCAUGAAGCAAGUCAAGGAGGGUCCAGCAGGAUCUUAGUGAUGAGCGAAAGUGAAGAAAACCUUUCCACCAGGAGAAGCCAUAUAAUAAAUGAAUUGAUAGAAACAGAACGGGUCUAUGUAGAGGAGCUCCAAAGCAUAUUAGAGGGCUAUGCAUCAGAAAUGGACAAUCCUGAUUUAAUUCACUUGAUCCCAACUGCAGUUUUGAAUAGGAGGGAAGUUCUUUUUGGAAAUCUCUCAGAAAUCUACGAAUUUCACAACAGAAUCUUCCUCAAAGAGCUAGAAAACUGCAUUGAGAAUCCAGAGUUUCUUGGUCGGUGCUUUUUAAAAAGAAAGGAAGAUCUCCAAAUAUAUGAAAAAUAUUGCCAAAAUAAGCCACGGUCAGAAGCCCUUUGGAGGCAGUGUGGAGAUAGCCUUUUCUUUCAGGAAUGUCAGAGGAAACUGGACCAUAAACUUUCCCUUGAUGCUUAUCUCUUGAAGCCAGUUCAGAGGAUAACCAAGUACCAGCUGCUUUUAAAGGAAAUGUUAAAAUGCAGCAAAAAUUCAGAAGGCACUGCUGAACUGGAAGAAGCUCUAGCCACUGUGCUCGAUAUCAUCAAGUCUGCGAAUGACUCAAUGCACCAGAUAGCCAUUACAGGUUAUGAGGGAGAUGUGCAUGAACUUGGUAAAUUGCUCCUGCAGGGCUCCUUUAAUGUUUGGACAGAUCAUAAGAAGGGACACAAUAAAGUAAAAGAUUUAGCCAGGUUUAAGCCAAUGCAGAGGCAUCUCUUCCUUUACGCAAAAAUCUUACUGUUUUGCAAGAAGCGGGAAGAAAAUACAGAUGGCCAUGAGAAGUCUCCUUCAUACAGCUUUAAAAAUUCUUUGAAGAUGAGCACGGUUGGUAUUACGGAAAACGUCAAAGGUGACAAUAAGAAAUUUGAGAUCUGGUACAACGGGAGAGAAGAGGUCUAUAUUAUUCAGGCUGCAUCUGUGGAGUUGAAGAACACUUGGGUCUCUGAGAUCAGAAAAGUCCUAACAGGACAAUUGGAAGCUUGUAGAGAGGCAAGCCAGCUGCACCAAAGAAUCACUGAGAGUGUAUAUCAUGCACCAAUGAAUUCCUUCAAUUCCUCCAGGUACAACAGAAAGUCGAUGAGUUUGUGUGAAAAUAAAUCGGAGUUCUUAAGCCUGGAAGUGUCUAACAACCGAGACCAGAAUAUCAGCCCCAGUGCCAGACAAAAAAGAGCCGAUUCUUCCGCCAGCCUUAAUCUUGAGCGCUCAGCUCUUGCUAGAAAGCGGUUUACAUUGCAAGGUCUUUCCAACCGCAGAGCUCCACCCAAAGAUCCAGAAUCUAGAGAGAGAGAUGUUACCCGCCGCUUUUCCCUAGCUUCCUCCAUCAACACUACAACUAACCCAUCUGCUUUAACCAAAGGUCCCCUUGCUCCUGCAAUUAGAGUCAAGAGGCAUGAGAUAAAAAGUGAUCCAACACCUUUGGGUUUUGAAGAUGGCUUUGACUGCAACCUCUUGGCUCAAGCUAAAUGCAACGCUGUUGUUCCCUCUACGAGACCCGUACCUAGAUCUGUUUCGCAGACAGGAUGGCCCAGCAGGCAGAUGCCUUCACUAGAUACUUUUGAGGACUUUGAAGUCAUCCCAUCCAGUGCGGAGGAGCUUUCUAACUCUUCAGAUAUGGAGGAGGAAAACCAGUCUAAUAAUGGGUCCAAUCUCUACCAGGUAGAAGGCCAUUAUGACACCUGUUUCUCAGAAUCCCUUACGCUAGAAGAUGGGGAUUUAGUGCAGUUGAUACAGGAAGGUGAAGACGGACAAUGGUUAGUGAAGAAACUGGUUUCUGAGAAAACGGACUGGGUUCCUUCCAGCCUGCUUCAGCCAGCAGAAGGGGAUGCCAUAUACAUCUUCAGGAUCAGCAAUGCAGAUGUGUACAGUGGCACCUGCAGCACCACCUCUGCAAACUCUGAAAUGAAGGAGACUGAUCUGAACAGAGGUUUGACAGCCGAACAGAAAGCUGGGAGCUGAACAUACCUUGAACAAUUUCUCAGGACUCCAUCUUCUUCUCUGUUUACUGGCGGAUGCUGGAUUGAAUCGCCUUCUCUACAAAGCUCUGAACUUCAGAAUUCUGUGAAGCUGCAUCAGCAUGAAAUCCAUUAAAACACACACUCAGAACAAAUACACACACUGCUCACUCAACCUGAUGAGUUAGGGAAUCUGGGAAAUAGUCCAAUGUUGUAUUUGACGAACCUGUCUACAAUAUCUUUUUUUUUACCCUGCAUUUUUGACCCAUUGAGAAGGGCCUUGCCUAAAUUAGGCUAACAGCUGUGAAAGCUUGCUAUGCCCUCAGUUUUAUGGUUAUGUUGGUUGAAUGCUAGGUUUUUACUGACUGGUCUACAAACUCCUCCCAGGUGAAAAGUUGGAUCCCUUCAUCCAUUUAUAUCUGCUGCUCAGCAUCUUCUCGUUUUCUGAGGCUAGAUCAAUUGAUUAUAUCUCAAGACAAUCACAAAGAGCAAGAACAAAAGUAGGCUGGUUGAUGGUCAAGAAGAUGCAGUUUCUGAAUCAGAGCAAAGUGUGUUACAGUUUUGCUGACCAACGAAGCAUAUGACAUGUUUUUGUCUGGUAUCUUUUGUCUACAGGGUGUUUGGGAUGAAAACAGAAGGGUAUCUUUGAUAUAAAGGUUGGGAUGUGUCAGGCAGGAACAUGCGAGUUAUGAAGGAAAUUCUAAGAUGUGUUUCUAUCAAGAAGGUGCCUCCAUUUCCUUGUGUGACUGAGGGAACACAUCUCUUUGCAUUUGGUGCUGACACUUCUGUCUGAUGCUGCCAUUUCCCAUUUUUAUACUUGAGUAGAAUGCAUGUUGGGUGCUUGGACAAGGAUCAGUGCUCCCUUCUCCUGCUGCAAAUAUUUAACUCAUAUCCAUAUGAUGUCUGCCGUGUGUUUUGAUACUUGCUAAUGGACUUUGCUGAAGAGGAGAACAAGUCACCAGUUUGCUGCCAUGCCAUACAUAUAACAUUGUAAGAAAGACUGUAUAAAUGCCAUGAUGGACAUUUUCAUAACUUGCCAUAGCCAUCCAGAUCCAUAGGAUCCAAGGCACGUAUGAGUUCCAGGUUGCAAGCAGGGGAAGUAAAUACAUGAAGAUGUUUUGCAUGAAGGCAAUUGGGUGGUGAUUGGGAACGCUAGGUCCCACAAAGCUGCUAGUAGUGUAAAACGAAUUUUGAUAUAGGGAUAGGGCUAAUUGAUGGAUGCUGUAUUCUAAGACUAGUAAGUGAAGAGGAAUCCAAAUAAAGCAACCUCACCCUUUGGUAUCCCCCUCCUAUAGUCACACUAUACAAUCUUAAGAGGUACAUCCCAGGAUUCUUAGUAAUAGUACAAAGUAUGCUGGGAUGCUCAUAUUGCAUGGUGCCCGGCUUGCAUGAACAGUUGGGCUGGUCCUGGCUGUCUCAUGGACAAAAUCUAUAAUUUAUUUGCAUCCUAAUGAUAGGAGAGCUUUGCAGAAAUCCUUAUUUAUAUUGUAACACUCACUCAAAUUAUAGGUCAUUUUCUCUGUAAAGCUAACACUAAAGUCUCUGCUCUGUCCCCCUUUUUGAGACUGACUAUUGAGCAAGUGCCAAUUCACUUACUGUGCAGAGUCACUAGUAACCCAGUCCACACUUCAUAGACUGAAAAACUAAAUGAAGAACCAAACUGCAUGACCAGGAGACUCACAUUGUCUGUUGCUGCUGGACCUUCUUAAACAAUAAGUGAAUGCUCCAUUCCCAAUAUGAAGGUAGAUAGUCUGAACUCUUCUGCCUGGAAUGCUACUGACAAAAUAGACUGAGUACUUCAGCUCUGAGAUAUAUUAAAUCCUUUUGCCCAAUACAGUUAUAGCACUAUGAUUCCACUUUAACUGCCAUGUCCAAAUCCUAUGACAUCUGGAGUUUAUAGUUUGGGAAAAGCAGCAGAACUUUAUGGCUGACAAUUCUAAGCACCCUACCUUAACUGCAAAUCCCAGGAUUCCCUGGAAUGGAAACACAACACUUAAAGUAGAAUCAUAACACUAUGUGAUAUGAAAGGAGCAAAUGACCUUUCUCACAAGUAGUCAGUGAGUCUGGAAGAAUGUAAUUUCACCAAAAUUCCUAAUUCAGAAUUUUUAUCACUUAUUCCCAUUUUUAAUGUUAUUCUCUACAAGGCAAGCUAAUUGACACAGGUAGCACCAGCAACACCUUUCCUAUAUGUGAAUGUGUUUAGUAAACACUGAAAGCUGCAAAUACACCAGUCUUUCGCAUUGCAACGGCCCAAUUGUCAGAGGCCACAAUACUUGGAGUUGCAGCUAAAUUCAUAUAAAUAACAAGCUAGCAUAUGAGACUCUGAAGGAAAGAAUGAUUUGUGCAGCAAAUUCAAUGAAGUGACUACAUUUGGAAAUUACUCUUCCUCUAAAAUUGUGGUUUAUAGUAUGGAAGGAGAGUUUUGAUAAUAUAUACUAUACCUUCAGACACUACCAAUACACAAAUCCCACAUUAACAGAAAAUCCCCUUCGUCUGGCUCUUUAUGCAUAAACUUUAUAGCCUUUACCAUAUUUUCCUUGAAGCCCAAGGAGCCUAGAAAUGGGAAAUAUUUAAAUGGAGACAAGAUUUUCAAAAAUAAAUGAUUAUCUCCUUCAGAUUUGCAAGAAAAAUGUCUAUCUUUUGCAUAUGUUCUGCAAUGCUUUAUUGAAGCCAUAUUACACAAUUCAUUGCACAUAACUACAGCCAGUCAUGUUCCUGGUCCUUUUUGCUAUGUGUGCAUUUGAUGACCUGAAUCCUUUUUUUAAAUCUAAAAGAAUUCCCUAAAACCCUGUAAAUGUGUGUUUUUCCUCUAGGAAGUGGAAAAUAGGUAUGUGUUGGAAACAGGAUGAGAGACAGAUUUCUGUCAAGGGAAUUAAAAUAUAUUCAGGCAGAUGUUUAUAUCCACAUAUGGAUGCAGAGAGGAUUUCAGCAGGAUAUUUGAACAGCCCAUAGUGUCACUGCUUCUGCUUUCAUUUCAGUAGUUUCAUUUCCUUUUGGGAUUCUCCAGCCACAGCCAAACUGAUGACAGAUAACACAGGCCUGCAAAAUUGAGGGUCAUAAAACCUUUUUUAAAAAAUGGUUUUAUAGGAAUUUAAUGUUCUGUGUCCAAAUAUGACCUCAGAUUUGCUCCAUCCCAUACAAUUUCCUAAACAACUUGCUUUGACAUUUUUAUUCUGUAAUAUCUGACUAAGAUUUAUUUGGGGAGUAAAUAGGAAGAAAGGGGUUAAAAAGAAUCCUUAAUAGACUUUUCAAAAACCUUUAUUUGCUGAUAUGAAAGAAAAAUCUAUUCAAAAACACUAAAGGAAAUUGCACUGGAACAUAAGUGCCCACACUUAAAUCAAAACUGAGUAACAACUAAAAUGAUAAAAAAAUAGAACCUGUGAAAGAACUGUCUGUGGAAUGACAUUUUUAUGGGGUUUUCAAACUCAACAGCCAAAAAUAUUUUAAAAACAGCUGCAAUUUUUUUAAAAAAUCUAUCUCAGGCCUAUGUAAUGGAUGAAAUCCUGUAUUACAGGCAUGGGCAAACUUCAGCCUUCCGGGUGUUUUGGACUUCAACUCCCACAACUCCUACUGGCUGUUAGGAAUUAUGGGAGUCUAAGUCUAAAACACCUCGAGGGUUGAAGUUUUCCCAGGAAAGAAGGUGAAUGCAUCACUGUUCUUCUCCCUAUUCUCCAAGAACAUGGCCAUAUCAAUGUGAUGGUGCUACUUACAAGGUGAAUUGGGGGGCAUUUGAUCAAUAUGUGGUCAGAACAGCACUCAGUACAGGUUGCGCAUCCCGAAAUCCAAAAUGCUCCAAAAUUGUCCACAUGGAUGGCUGAAGCAGUGGAACCUUUGAUUCUUAUGUUUCAAAGUACACAAACUUGGUUUCAUCCAAAAAAAUAGUUUUAAAAUAUUACGCAUAAAUUACCUGCAGGGUAUGUGCAUAAGGUGUAUAUGAAACAUAACUGAAUUUCAUGUUUAGACUUCAAACCCAUCUUCACAAUACCUCAUUUAUGCAAACAUCCCAAAAUCUCAAGAAAUGAGGAAUCAAAGCAUUAUGAUUCCCAAGCAUUAUGGAUAAGGGAUACUCAACCCAUACUAAGGUUGUUAAAAACUGCUUUUUAAGGAUUAAUUAGAAGAGCAGAAGAACAACUCAAAUUUCUAAACUUCUCCCCAGUUCUGUUGUUUAAUAAAAAGUUUAAGAAGGUCACAAUCACCAAAUGGCUGGGAAAUAUAUUUUUGACACCACAUACCCUCCAACUGUCCCAAUUUGGUGGCAGCAGUCCUAAUUAAUAUUCUGUCAUUCCAGUUUCUCAGUUGCCUUUCCAAGUUUCUCUUUCAUUCUCCAUUACCCCCUUUGUCUUUAGCUUAUUUCAGUUGCUGCUACAUUCAUUUAAUUCAACAGGAGGGAAAUGAUAGGAAGGGAAAGCCUCUUGCCCUUCCCAAUAGUCUCAGGCAAAAGCAAACUGCCGCAGCCUCUCUUGACUUGUGUAUUUUUUGUUAUUAUUAUUUCGCCAUCUUGACCACAUUCUGAUGUUUUUUUUACACAUGUCUUGGUUUUAAUAUUCGAAAUGUUGGAGGGAUGUUAUGUCACUCAUUUUGAAAAACAAGGUUUAUUUUACAUUGAUUUAGAGCAUUAAAUUACAUACUGACAUUGCCUUCUUAAAGGUACACUGAGGAACUGUGAAAGACAGGGACUAUAACAAUAUGAUAAGCUGACUGAAGAUGAUAUUUUAAAUAAUUCUGUAUGUUCUCCAGCAGAUGCAGCUAGUACUGAAACUGCUGGUAGAAUACCUUUGUCCAAGAUGUGUAAUUUUUAUCCUUCAUGUGUAUUGAGGGUAAUGUUAUUUGUAGUUUGUGGUUGCGGAAAGCUAGGCAGAGGGUGAAUAAUAGAAAUUGCUCUCUUCCAUGUAUCAAAACAGAAUGUAUGAAUGUGUUGCAAAAUGUGUGCGUGUGAGUGUGUGAAGCUGGACUUUCUGUAAAUAUACCAUUAUGAACUAUGUAAAAUCAACCCUUUGUUUCCACUUUAUAAAGAUUAUAAAUACUGGAUUACAAAA